GGGAAGAGGGUGGGAUUUGCUUUGGAGAGUGAAAAAGUGAGAGGAUCUAUGCAGUAGUGGACCAAGAAAGUGGAGCAAGUUUGAAGAUAAAGCCAUUUUCUAGUUUUCUUUUUUUUCAUGAAAUUGGGCCUUAGGUUAUUUUGCUGCUAAUUUUGCUGCAAAAUCUAGGAAUUUUGUGAAAAAUUAGAUUUGGACUUGUGCACCACUGUGUAUGGGGUAGGCCCUCCUGCAAGACUGUUGGGAGAAGAAGAAGAGCAGAAGAAGAAGAGAAAAAGAAGAAGAAGAGAAAAAGAAGAAGAGAGAGGUCGAGAGAAGAAGAGGGGAAAGAAGAAAGAAAGAAGAUGGAGUUGACGGUGGAUUGGGUUUGACGGAGGAAGAAGUCCGAAGAACGGAAAGUCCCUCCCUAGUUACUUUUUUCAUAUUUUAAGGUUCCUCACGGUACAUUUUGAAAAAAUAAGAUGGCUAGGAGGCGAGGACGACCGAGGAAAUCAAACGAAGGAAGAGCAAUGAAUUCACCACAAUCGGAAGCUAGAGACUGUGUGGCAGAAGGCAGCCCUGCAAAUCCAAGUUUGGGAAUGCAGAAAUUGACUCCAAAAACACCAUAUGAGGUAAAAAAAUUCGAGCCCAGAUCUACAUGAAAUUGGGGAAGCUAGUGUACGAACAGGGAACCCUGGUAAAGGGGAGUUGAAAAGCAACCUGGAUCAGAUACAUAAACCAAUCUCGUAUGCUGAGGUAGUUAAGGGGCCUAAUGUUGAUUUAGAUUUGUCAUAUUUACCUGCUGAAGAAAUAAAUGGACAGUUCGUUGCAAAAUUUAAUAAGGAUGAUUUAGUUGAGGAUUUGGGAUGCUGGGAUCAAUCUAUUAUAGUAUGUGUUCUGGGAACUAAUCCUCCAUCGGCAAUCAUAGAAAGUUAUGCCAGGCGGAUAUGGAAAAUGUAUAUUAUAGAUGAUGUAGCUUUUCUAAAGGAAGGGCAGUUUAUUGUGAGGUUCAGUAGCACAGAAGAAUGAGAUGAAGUGCUAAAAAGGAAAUAUUAUUAUUUUGACAACAAACCAGUGCUUACCAAAGCCUGGUACCCAGGCACGCAACUAGAUAUAACUGAACUAAAGGAUGUACCUAUCUGGAAGGAAUCAAUUCCAGAUCUUUGUAAUUUUUUCCAGUUUCUUUCUAUUUCUUUCAUUUUUUGAGUUCCUUCUUGUUUCUUCUAGCAUGAUUUAUCCCGGGGUUGGGACGGGGUAGGGGGUACGGGGGCAGGAGGGUCGCAGAGGGGUACGGUAGUGUAGUGUCACAUGUGCGUUUCGGCUCUUGGAACAUAGGGACCCUCACAGGUAAGUCGAUCUAUUGAGUUGGUGCAAGUUCUCAAGAGGAGAAGGAUUCAGGUGGCAUGCGUGCAAGAAACCAGGUGGGUGGGCACUAAGGCGCGAGAGGUUGAUGGUUUCAAACUAUGGUAUUCGGUUCAGCCAGGGGAAGGAAUGGAGUCAGCACUCUGGUGGCGCCGGAACUGCGAGAGUUUGUGGUGGAGAGAAAGUCUUCAUUGGAGGCGACCUCAAUGGCCAUAUUGGAGAAUCGGUCGAUGGCUUCGACGACGUUGGUUUUGGCUUUGGCAGCAGGAACCCAGCGGGAGUUUCACUCUUGGAGUUUGCCAGAGCGAGUGAUAUGGUGGUUGCUAACUCUUGUUUCCUGAAACAAGACGACCAUUUGGCUACAUUUGUUAGUGGAGUGGGGACGACACAGAUCGACUUUCUUCUCCUGCGCAGGUGUGAUCGGGUGCUCCGCAAGGAUGCUAAAGUAAUUUCGAGUGAAAACUUCACCACCCAACACAAGCUUCUAGUGAUGGAUGUUAUGAUCAGGUGGGAGAAACAUAGGAGAGCUUCGCGUGGCAACACACAAAUCCGGUGGAGGAGACUAAGUUGGGAGAAUAUCUUUGAGUUGUCCAGGCGAGUGCAAGAGAAAGGUGCGUGGGAAUCGGCUGGAGAGGCUACUGAUAUGUGGGUGCGAACUGCUAACUGCAUCAGAGAAACAGCCAGGGAAGUGUUAGGUGUGAGCUCUGGCUCUAGGAGUAGGUGUCAGGGUAAUUGGUGGUGGAGCGAUUCAGUCCAAAGUAAGGUGGAAGCUAAGAAGACAGCAAGGAUGCCUGAUGAGUGGAGGGAGAGUCUCUUGGUUCCUCUGUUUAAAGGCAAAGGUGACAUUCAGAGCUGCGAGAAUUACAGAGGCAUCAAAUUGCUUAGCCACACCAUGAAGAUUAGGGAGCGAAUCAUUGAGUAUAGGGCCAUUUAUCUCGUGAGAAGGUUAAUGGAAGAGUAUAGGGCUAGAGAGAAGGACCUUCAUAUGGUGUUUAUUUACCUUGAGAAGGCGUAUGAUAGGGUGCCAAGGGAGGUCUUUUGGAGGUGCCUAGAGGCGAGAGGAGUUCCCAUCGUGUGCACUCGCGCGAUUAAGGAUAUGUACGAUGGGGCUAUGACUAGGGUAAGGACUUCCGGGGGCAAUUCAGAUUCUUUCUUAGUAGCACCAGAGCCUGCCCUUAGCCCUUUUUUGUUCGCCUUGGUGAUGGACGUCCUAACUCAAGGUGUUCAAGAAGGGGUCCCAUGGUGCAUGCUUUUCGCGGAUGAUAUUGUGCUUAUCGACGAAUCAGAGGUGGAAGUCAGGAUUGACUCUCACCUAGUACCUAAGGUAGACAGGGUCCUGAGGUUUGUCUCCUCCUCCUUCGAUGUGGAUUCGCCAAUCGAGACAUGGGCCGAGAAAAUUCAAAAGCAUGUGUCCAAGCUGGCCAGGAUUGAGACGCUGGAGAAAGCCAGCAUUGAAGGGUUUUCUGUUAGCAUGAUAGAGGAAUAUGGACAGCCCAAUCCAGAUCGAGUGGAGCCAGAUGAUAUUUGGAUGGAUGACUUGGUAAGGUACUAUAUGACCGGGCAAUUCCCUGAGGAUAAGGAUAGGGUAAGAAAAGUAAAGUUCAGGGCUCCAAGAUUCCAAAUGCUUGAUGGAAGGCUAUACAAAAGAGCAUUCGGUGGUCCAUUGCUAAGGUGCUUGACCAGGGCAGAGGCGGAAAGAGUGAUCGCCGAAGUUCAUGAGGGUGUCUGCGCCGCCCACCAAAUGUCCAGGACGCUCGCGCAAAGGAUCAUUUUGCUAGGUUAUUUCUGGCCUACAAUGAACCAAGAUUGCGAGAGAUAUGUCCAGAGGUGCAAGAUUUGCCAGGUAUUCUACAAGUUUCCGGGAAGGCCUGCAACAUACUACCACCCAGUUUCCAAUGUUAUUCCAUUCGCAAGGUUUGGGAUAGACAUCAUUGGGGCCUUCCCUCAAGCUCAAGGGAGAAAGAAGUAUGUCAUGGUCGCUAUCGACUACUUCACAAAAUGGGUGGAGGCCGAGGCAUAUGCAACCAUCACAACCAAGCAGUGCCAGCGCUUUGUCUGGAAGAACAUCAUCACUCGGUUCGGGAUUACACACAAUAAGGCUUCCAUGGCCUACCUGCAAGGGAAUGGCCAGGUGGAGAAUGCAAACCGCAUAAUAGUCGAUGGGAUCAAAAAGCGGUUGGGUGAGGCAGAAACGAAUUGGUUAGAGGAGUUGCCACAUAUCAUCUAGGUUUACCGGGUCACUUCAAGAAGGGCCACAGGGGAGACACCCUUCGUCCUUACAUAUGGGUGUGAGGCCAGACUACCCAUUGAAGCUAAAAUAAUGACCUUUCGGGAGAAGGUCCAUGAAGAGAAAGGGGUAAAGAAAAGUGGCAUGGUCAAAAGUGACCGGUCACUUUUUAAUGUUUUGGAUUGGCAAGAAAAUGCGAAUUGGAAA